AUGAAGCACGAUAAGCGCGAACAAGAGCCAUCACCUAUAUAUGAGUCUCAACCUCCGCCCUGGCUGCCUAAGUCCCACAGGACUGCUGAUGUUGGAUACCCUGGCUUUCAUCCGCCACGCCCAGGACAGGAUGAGGAUGUAUUGUCUGACAAACAUAUAAAGGAUGGCUUCUUAUUACCGCUUCCCGUGUCUGAUGAGUACCAAAGUGCUGCAGUUACGUUCCUUCAGCAGGACGCUAAAGGAGGCCGCAUGUUCGACCAGAGCAUGCUCACAGACCUCGAGCAUCUCAUGAAUGAUAUCUUUACUCGAAAGGCAGACUGUGCUGCUGCUAUACAGUUAUCAGCAUUCAAGAUUCCUUCUCGAGUCACCAUGAGUGAUACCAAGCGACAGACAUGGUUCGCCGAACUCGCAAAUCCCGACGUGCCAUUAAAUAAACUCGGGAAAAGCGUGCCACAUGGCGCAAAAGGACACGACCUACUUGACCUUCUUCAUACCAACAACGUUGCUAUACCCCGUGCGGUCUGGUUUCUUCGAGUGUUCGGUGCCAAUGAGACUGCUGGUCUGAGAAAUAAACCGUCUUACAAUCCUACUCAGUACAGCAUAGAUUGGGCGAUAGUAGUAACCAGCUAUAUCAAGAAACAGCUUGCCGACAUUGCUCUGCCGAGUGCCCCUAGACCCGGAAUGAAUAUCAAGCAAACAUUUAAAGGCGUCCUCUCUGACGCAGAAAGCCGGGACCGAUGGGUUUCUCGUUUCACGUACUGUCUGAAACUACUGCGGCCGUUCUAUGAUGAAGGCCUCGUAGAUCAUCGCACUUUCCUUACAUGGCUUGUGGUCCAGAUGGCGGCCUGCAAUCUUGCCCAAGCAGGAUUUGUAGCACAUCUGGCUGAUGAGUAUCUCGACGGAGUUCUGGAAAAGCGCCCAUUUGCAAAGCCCCUUUUAGACGCGUGCAUUGCAAAAUUGAACGAAGUCAGGACGACUUCUGCUCAGGGUCACCUCAACAAGCUUGAAGAAAUUUUGAAGUCUCUGAUUCAGCGCAUUUGCAUGACCCUUCCGGACACAUUGGUUUCUCCCAGUACAUGGCUAGCGCAUUCAUCGCUCUUGUGUUCUGUACUUGCGGAUGCCGCUGGUGAUGAACCUAGUGACUGUCGACGACGUGAUUUUCAGCAAUUGAUAUCGGAUAAUCUAAUGGAUAUUCAGCGUCGCAACGACGCCAUGUUAUUUCGCAACCUGCCACCGCGAAAACUCGAGCGCCUUGGGUCUUUGGUUGUUGAUAUCCAAAUUCUAAACUCGAUCUGCAGCACCACGGACAUGUCUAGUAUAUCGUUUUUCUCUUCUCAAAUUCCUGAUUACACAUCAAGCUCGAACUUUGUCGACAAACUGGACACUUUGUUAACGUGGGCUGUGACACCAUUGCAGUAUGGCUCACAUCGACCUUACGCGGCUGUGACCCUGCUCCAAGCAUAUCACGAACGCAACGCGCGCCGUGAACUAUCUUCAGCUACACUUCACGACCACCUUUUUGAUUGGCUCGACUCCAAACCUGUCGCUAGGGAGGCUGGAAAUCUCAGGGCAAUAGCAGGUGGGCUCUUUGAUUACGCAGCUUAUGUGCAGAGGCUCGUCGCAAGAGGCGAACAAGGACUCUGUUUUAACGAGCGAAAAGUCAUUGUCUACGGUGCGCGUGCACGCCAGACCCCUGAAGAUGUCUGCGAACGCGAGAUGCGCAGAGAAAUCCGUGCAAUCUUGCCACUUGUAUUUGGUGGCGAUGCCCUUCCGCCUUCGGUUUCUAUGUCAUCUCUCCGAACGAGCUGUCCUACUGUGCUCGACGCACCAUGUUUUGAGCAAGUGCGAACGUUUAAACAGUGGCUGCUGCCGAAUUUUUACAAAUUCGCUUCAAGAUCGGAAUCAUUAGAUGAGAUCAGUGCUCUGAAAACAUACAGCACAGCUGUCGAAAUAUUCAGGUACACUCACAGCUACGGCUCCUUGCUGGAGCUGAGUCUCUCGGUCUUGUCCCAGACAUCCCACGCAGAAUUACUGACCGCCGUCGGGGAAGUGUUCCAUCGCUUUGCAACUAUAUGGACGGCGAUGAAUGUCACUGGAAGUAUCACUUCCGCACUUUAUUCCGCUCAUUUGCUUUGGCGAACGCGAGGGGGGAAAACCAGAUCUCUCCUGACCUUGGUUAUUGAGAUGGACGAUGGACGCCAUCUAGAUCCAACGGCCAGAACACAGGUGGAGAACGACAUCGCGGCGUUCACACACGCGCUGGCUCCUAAGACAGACCAUCCAGAGGUCGUCCCAUCAUUCAUGCCCGAAAUUUUACUUUUAGCUGAAGAUUCCAAGCUGGACGCUCCAUCAAUUCUCGCAAAUAGCCUCUGGUACAAAUAUCGCACGUCCGGAGACUGGGCUUGGAAAGUCUGGGACAACACUGUUGCUUCGUUACGCCAAGUUCCCGUCAUGAGUGAGGACCAUGAGCGGCGUCAUACGUAUGCACUCCGCUAUGGUCAGUUUCUCCUCAAUGUCGACCACCACCUUCCUGGCGGCAUCGACAAUGAUGUGCUCCAAUGGUUUCUUGGUACUGGAAAGAGUGAAGUGUUAGGAUUGACGCCCGAAACGUGGGAUGUGCUUAAAGUCGUCCUUCUCUUCCUAUGCGUCCACGGAGCGCUAUCAACAACUACAUUGCUUCAAGGACUAGUCUACCCUGCCUGGCAGCUGGGAGCUGAUGCAGGCCCACUCUACCAACUACAGAACGCGGAGACAUUUAUUCAGGCAGCCAGCAAACUUUUUGACGCACUUGUGCUUCAGGAGGAGUGUUUCAUUAGCCCGAUCAUCCCACAAGAGCUCCUUGAUGCACAACGGAUCCACACUUGGAGACAGGACGCCUUCCGGGAACCUCAUUUCACUCUUCUGGCCAGCAAUAUACCGACUUUGGUGCUCCUGGAACACAAUGGUGUAGUUUCAGAUGACCUUCGCGGAUUUGCGCGAGACCUUCGCCUGCGGACGUGCGAGAAUCGCGACAUCAGACAAUCAUGUUACCGCAAUCUCGAUGCUGUCCGCAGGGGCUUCGAACAUCCAAUUCAGUCGGGAAUGGUCGCAGAAACGCUUUGUGAACCGCUUGUCAACGCAUUGAAAUUGAUUCUGAGCGAAUCUAACGAAGAUACAGAUGUCAACUCGUUCUUAAGCACUGGGAUAUCAUCCGUUCUGAGUCCGUGCACACUCGCAGCGACUGCAGUUCAGCUGCAGUUUGGGCUGAGGCAACUUGGACGGGCGCUUGCUUGUGAUUCGACAAAACAGGGUGCAAGUGCAUCACUCGACAAAAUGACAUCCUUGAUCUUCCACCACUCGAUGGCCUCAGAAGAAGCAUACUUCAUCGCGGAGAUGGCAAGGGGCGUCGAUGGACCGGUGGCGAUUAAAUUCAUAAAUAACGGUUUCAAGAGUAUCGUUGACAUUCUUAAUCAAGCCCCUGCUCCUUCUACUCCCGAAUCAUUACUGGUGCGAGUUGGUCGUGCAGGUGAGGUGCUUCGCGUACUAUCACACGUCUCAGAGCCACUGCGAGAGGAAGGAGCUGGGCUGGAUCUUGACAUUUCAACGCAAGAGCGGCUUGCGAAGACCAUUCUGGAGUUGCUUCAAAUCGCCAUGGUGACAUUCUCCAAAGCGACUGGACAGUCUCUGCACAUCGUCACUGAAGCUGUCAUAUUUUUGGCUCGUCUCCUUCAAUUUGACCUCGGUUUCCCCGGGAUAUGGACGACACAUUUUCGAGAAACAUGUGAGAAGAUGGCGCCAAUUCUCUUUGACCUCGUCGUAAUUCAUGCAUGCGGCCCUGCACACGAUGCUGUCGCGUUUGUGCUUCUUCUUGAUACUUUGUAUUUCCUCAUAGAUGAUCUUUCCCUGCACUCAAAAACGUCAUCGCCAGACCCGUUCAAGUAUUACCCCACAAAACUUCAAUCACCUCAUCUCCACUCCCUCCCUGGCUCACAUCGUGCCCGGCUUCUGACUCUCUUCCCGCAUCUACGACCGAACGCAGUUGUCGAAGACCUUGCCCAUGCUCAUCGAGACAGCACAGGCCACCUCGUUUAUGGCGCACCCGUUCAAAACCGCCCAUGGGAAUGGAUUGAGAACCUUGGCGGAGACGACAAAGACGACGGCAUAAUACGAAACACUGCCUCGCUGUCGCUCGAACUGUUCGGAGCGAAGGCCACGGGCGAUCGUCUGAUCGGCUCUGUGCAGGAUGAAGAGUGUCGCAUACCAUCGAGACUGGAAGGUGUCUUCGAGGACAAACUAACGGCUGAGAGCGUCUUCCGUCGUGAUUGGCGCGAAACUCGAUUUCAGGCACACUCUGAUGUCCGUGCUGGGGAACGAGGGGUAGGAGAGGACAUCAACGAGCUGGGCAACUUGCCUACUUUUGGAGUGCAGAAGCCGGGGUCUAGAAGGGUGUCGCCUGCUUCGUCCGUGCGUUCUCGGGGAUCGGUUAGCUCGGCACGUCGUAGUCCCGGGUUGCUCUCGGGUAAUAGAACUUCCGUUUCUACGAGGGAAGGCACUGGGGAGAGUGGGAUUGGUUCUGGCCCAGCGGGAGGGCAGAAACGAAAGGCUUCGGUUUCUGUGGAUGAUGACGACGAGGUCGAAAUAAUAGAGGGGCCGGUUCGAGCAAACCCGAAGAAACUCAAAGUGAAGUCGAAACCAAAGAAAAAGUAG